AAAACGCUUACAGGCAGGCCAGAGGGGCCGGCGGCGUUUCCAGGCUAUGCGAUGACCCGGUGGCUUUGGCACUGGCCAACUGUGAUGACGAGAGGCUUUCUAUUGUGCUGUGAGCCUCUACGUUUGGCCUUUGCCAGAGUAUAAAAGCUUUGGUAGAGGGUUGAAGGGACCAGCACGAGCCAGCCUCCCUCACACGGCACUGCAAGCUAUACUAACGCAGACUCUCCUGAAGCCCCUCACCAUGUCUCAGACUGCCAAGUCCGCCUCCAGCCAGGGCACUGAUGCCAAGGACAAGGGAGCCCCUGCCCCAGCUGCCUCCAGCAAGGCCACCAAGACCGGAGAGCCUGGCGUGGGAUCCUUCAGACUCAUGAUGUUCGACCAGGAGAACUUCCAGGGAAGGAUGAUUGAGGUCACAAACGAGGUUAUGAACGUGUGCGACCGUGGCAUGGAUAAAGUGCGUAGUAUCAUCGUGGACUGCGGCCCCUUUGUUGCCUUUGAGCAGACUAACUUCCGUGGGGAGAUGUUCAUCCUGGAGAAGGGAGAGUAUCCUCGCUGGGAUACCUGGAGCAACUCCUACCGCAGCGACUGCCUCAUGUCCCUCAGGCCCGUCCGCAUGGACAGCCUUGAGCACAAGAUCUGCCUGUAUGAGCUCUCUGACUUCAAGGGCAACAAGAUGGAGAUCCAGGAGGAUGAUGUGCCCACCCUCUGGGCGCAUGGCUUCUGCGACAGAGUGGGCAGCGUGAGGGUGCCAGGAGGAUCUUGGGUGGGUUACCAGUACCCUGGAUACAGAGGCUACCAGUACCUGUUUGAGUGCGGUGACUACAGACACUACAACGACUUCUGCGCCUUCCAGCCCCAGAUCCAGUCCAUGCGUCGUAUCAGGGACAUGCAGUUCCACCAGAGAGGAUGCUUCACCCUCACCUCCGCUAGCAAGUGAAUGACCCCUGCUGGCCGUCGGGUGCUGUCAUAGCCAUGCAGCCCCAUUCAGCUUUUUAUUUCUCCAAACG